AUGGACGUGUCAACCCCUUUGCUACAGUCUAUCGGGGACAGGGAGCGUGCCAAUCAGACAGACUGUAGAGGUGAUAGUAACGGGAAGUGCGAGCGGACGCGUGCAGGCGUCCCGGGUGUGGAGGGCAGGAGCAGAAGAAUGGUAGCGAGAGAGGAUGGAUACUAUCCAUACAUCACGCAUCCGUUUGAUGGGGAACAAGAAUCUAAGCAUCCAGCUGACUUUAGCAAGCAACCAGACGAUGGUGUUCAUGAUGACAACAACAACAAUGAUGAAGGGCCAAGGCCCUCAGGUUCUGGAGGCGCUUCUUCAGCCACAGCCCAGUGGAUCUUCUGGAGGAACUAUGGGAGGCAAUGUGGGUAUGAGUGGAAGAAAUAA